AUGGUCGGCGCGGGCUCGCGCGAGCCGCGGGCGCUGCUCGUCGCGCUCGGCUCGACUCUCGCGCAGCUGCGGCGGGAGGAGGCGGCGGGCGGUGCCGAUGACGCGGGCGCGGCGGUGGCGCUGCGAGCGGUGCAGCUGUACGCCCCUCUCGCGCAGACGGUGGGGCUCGCGCCGCUCGGUUGCGAGCUCGAGGCGGUCUCGUACCGCCGCCUCUUCCCAGGACACGUCUCCCGCCUGGGCGCGUGGUUCGACGCCGUCUGGCCGGACGCGCACCAGCUGCUGCCCCGGCUGAUCGCCGAGCUGCGAGCCGCCGUCGAGGAGGCGCCGUCGCUGCACGGGCUGCUGGCGGAGCUGCUGCGCGACGUGGACGACGUCGAGGCGGUGCGGGACGUGCUCGCGCUCCGGCUCGUGCUGGCGCCGUCGGUCGGCGCGGCCGCCGAGCUGGCCGCCAGCCUGGAGCAGCCGACCCUCUCUCGCCCCGAGGCGGAGGCGCUCCUCUGCUACGCCGCCUACAAGCAGGUCGUCACGCGCUGGCGCGAGGAGCCGGGCCGCUUCAAAGACUUUGUGCGGCUCCCCGACGGCCGGCUGGUCGAGGUGCAGGUCCGCUCCGAGGCGAUGCACGAGGCGGCCGAGCGAGGGGCCGCGGCGCACGGCCUCUACAAGGGCGGCGUCGACACGCCUGCGCUGCUCCUGCCCGAGGCGGCGGCGACCAUCGAGACGCUUCGCGCGCUUCCGGGGCGGGUUCCGGCGGGUCGACGACUCGCGAAGGACGCGACGGCGUCCCCGACGGAGCGAGGCGGCGGAGGAGCAGAACGGCCGGGGAGCUAA